AUGGGAAAGAAAAGGAUCAUUCAGUCUGCCGAAUUAAAUCGUGUGAAGGUUGAAGUAAAGGAUGAAACUGGAGAUAACGAUGUACUCGUUGCUCGAGACCGACUAAAAGGAGCUCUGAAGGAAUUGUUACAACACACCGACUCGGACUCUUCUGCCGAAUCCAGCGAAGAUGGAUCCUCCCAGGAAUAUAAACAACUUAAAAAAUCAGCACAUUCUCCUAGCUUAGAAGUAAUGCACGAUACCAAUGCAAACGAUGACUUGGUCGACACCAAUGGCGAACUACGGGAUAUACAUUCUUUACCAUUGCCAUUACCCUGUGACGAGGCCCUGCCAAGGAAUCGAAUACCUCUUUCCGUUCCACCCACGAGAGACGAGUUAAAAUUAGAUUCCGAAGGACAGACUCUUAGGUCGAGGGACUCUCUUCUGAAAGACCACAUCAAGCGUUGGCUCAACGUUCGCAAGACGUGGCACCGGCAGGCGCACAAAAACGAGAAGAGAUUCGUACAGAGUGCAAACAUCCUGAGUACGAUCUUCCGAAGAGCACAAUCGGAAUUCGACUAG